AUGGCGCGCGCCGCUGUCAUCCCUCCCUCCCCUGUGAAACGCGCGCCUCGUGUGUCCAAGACAACGACAAAAACUACCGCCAAUGCAAAGAAAGGAGCUCCCCGCAGGCCGACGACGGCGACACGCGACAUUGUUGACCAGGACUCCAGCGACACGGACGAUGAACUCGGGCUGAUAACCACAACCACUACCGCCAAACAAGGCAAGGAGGUCAAGCCUGCGAAACCGCGCGGGCGCCCGCCCGGUCGGCCGGCGACCAAAACGGCCGGGCGGCCCAAUAAGGUAGUUGCCUCGAUGCCUGUGCGAGAGCAGUCGAGCGAUGACGAUGACGGAGAGGAGGAUGAGCUCGCUCCUGUGCAGGAGCUCCCGAAGAAGCGCGGGAGGCCGAGGAAGGCUCCGCUUCCUGUCGAGAGUGCGGCCAAAGCCCAGACAGCGCCGAGGCCCCGUGGACGGCCGCCGAAAAAUACUGCCUCUACGGCGACGACGACGACUGGGGCUACGCGGAAGAAGACACGUGCCGCUGCUGAAGCGGAUGCGUCUGCUGAUGACACGAAGCCUAAGCACAUCUUCGUGGCAACCCAUUCGACUAACGUGCGCUCGAAUCUUUUGCGUGGGCCCGCGAAGAAGAAGACUGUUACUUUUCAGGAUGUGUCUGCGUCAGAAGAGUCUGACGAUGAGAAUCCCUCUGCUCCAACCGCUGGGCGAAAAAGGGGUGUUACCGCUGGUCGUGCUGCGAAGACGGGUCUUGCGGGCACGCCGGCUCGUAAACCUGCUGCCAGGGGUCGACAGCCCGCCACGGUCAAGAAGGGUGCUACUGCUUCCAAGCCAUUGACUCCCAAGAAAGCCAAGCAGAUGUCCAAUUUGAUGACGGACUAUACGAGUACCGACGGGGAAGAAGAUGAGCUGAAUGCUGUCAAGGACCCGAUCAAGAAAGACAUCAAACUUGUCAUCCACUCGCCUGUCAAGCAUGCCUCAGACAAUACGGGAUUGAUGUCCCCGGUGCGAAGAGUCAACUUUACCCCGAAGAAAGCGUCCAGUUUUAUUGACGAGAACGGCGAACCGAAACAACCCACCCCGAAACACGGAUCAGAGUCUACUACCGGCCUCAGCUCGCCGGUGCGGAAGAUCAACUUCACACCUAAUAGAAUCCACAACCCCAUCCCGGAGAAUGGACACCUUGCCCUUCCGCCAGGAAAGUCGAUUGACUUCAGUGACUCGAUUAUGAUGUCCAGUCCUGCCCGGCGGCCUCCCGCUUCGCCUUUCCAGUACAGCUUCAAAGAUACCCCGAACCGUGGCCGUGCUUUUUCCCGUGAUGAAAUGGGUCCUCCUCCGACCUUUGAUUUUAUACCGGCGCGUUCCUCACCCCUCAAGAUGUCUCCGCGGAAGGGUCACCUGGGAGCUUCGUUCUCGCAGUCACCGUUCAAGGCUAGCACAACAGCGCCUUCCCUUCCGGCUAAGACGUCAUUGUUCCAAAGCCCGGCGAAGAGAGUACCUUCUCCUUUCAAGGGCUCCAUGACCUGCUCCGUGUCUCCCGCAAAAACAGCGGCAAAGAGCCUUCCACCUCUGGAGGACGAUGUCUUUAUUGAUAAGUCGGGUACUUCGGAAACCCAGCAGCCUUUUUUGCCUCCUCAAUAUAUACACUCGGAUGCUCCUACUUUUGACGAGGACUACCAAAUGGUUGAGGAAGUUGCACGCGAUAUCUUUGGCAUCGAGCUUCGCUCGGAUAGCAAGUCUUCCUCUUCUCCUGUGCAGAAAGAUGUGGUUACAGUUGAAGACGCGCUGGACGAUGGAUCACUUGGCCAUGAUGAGAAUGACACUGAGAAUGCAGAGGAUCUGGAGGAUCCUAUCCCCCAGACAGAGCAUGAAUUAGGCCAUCAUGUUCGAUAUGAGAUUGAUGAGGCUGAGACACUCUGCUUUGACAAUAUGGAGCAGGAACAGGGCCUUUCUAUGAUUGCAGAGGAGGUAGACCUCCCAGAGACAAGCCCUGUCCGUAUCUCCAAGAGCCCAGCACCAGCCUCUCGAGAACCGACAAGCGAGGCUGAUGCUCAGUCGAUUGCCAGUGUACGGUCACCAUACCAGCAGACUCUCGACUUCAUCACUGAUGCUGAGGACUCUCCGAAUGUUAUUCAUCACUCCCGCCAAUCUCUUGAGCUGAGUAAUGACCAGGAUGUUGGGGAGCUGGACAACGACUAUUGUAUCAACAACUCUGUCCGCUAUCCCGAUGAAGAGCAUGAGGCCUCCAGCGAAAUGGACGCACAGGAUGGCGACGAAGUCACCCUGGUGGGGUCAGACGCAACAUGUACCAUGGUCUCUCAGCCUGUUUCGCCAUACGAGAUUAGUGAGGGCUCCAACUUCACCAGUCCGUUUCAGAGGAGCAUCCCCCCUUCGGCCCCGACUCCUCCAGUGGGCGAAGCUACUCCCAUGUCCUUUCGCCAAUUGGACACACCCGACACAAACAGGAGCGAAUCUAACAAUACGAUUUUGAAUUUUGGCUCUAAUGCCUACAGAGAUGUCGAAGAUAGCCCUCUGAACGAGACUACCCAAUCUGAAUUCCCCACGCCAGCGGCACGCAUCUCAUCGACUAGACCCAGUAUCAUUGGACAGCGAAAGUCUCUGGGUGUCGACCUAGGAUUCACACCGCUGGCUCAGCAGUUUAACAGCUGGGAAUCAGACACCCCUUCGAAAGCCGGACCAGCACGACCUCGUCGCCGUGGAGUGUUCUCGCUCGUUGGUCCUCUGGAAAAGGCCAUUACUACUGAGGCGACUCCUCGGAAGUCGGAUGAUGUACCGCUCUCCACGUUGGCGAAUACGCCGUCAUUGCUCUCCCAGCUUCCCCUUCAGCCUUUCAGUGAUGAUAGCUCUAUGUCGCCUGAGAAGCCUCGCGAGCAAGUAUCUCCUAUGAAGGAACAUGAUAUGAUAGAGUCGCCAUCGCUACAAAAUGAUAUCUUUGAGGAUUUGGAGAAUCCGGCAAUCGAGACUCCUAAGAGUGUACAGAUCCCAUUUCGAGGUGUGAUGCCCGUGAGCGAAAAUGACGACGAUCAAGAGGAUGAUGCCCAGUCAGACAAUGAUAAGGAGAAUACCCCUGCUCCCGUUCUUCCACUGGCCACGCCAAUGAAGGCUGCCCCCCGCCAUAUGCAGACCUUCCACACCGUGUGCAAAGUCCCUCUGAAAGGUGAAGGACCAGAAUCCCCGUUGAAGCUGCCGCGGAAGAGAGGCCGGUCCCUGGAGGGCGCUUCUCCAAUCCGAUCUUCGCCACGGUCCCGCAAUGCCAUAUUUCUUCCGCACAAUGAAAGUGCAUCUACUCUUUCUCCGCCGCACAAAUCGGCUCGCGUUGAAAGGAGCGCUAGUCCUCCGAAGCGCCGCAUCAGCACUCCCAGGCGGCCGAGUAUGCAACGUCCCUCUAUGGGCCCCCCUCGGACUUCCUCUGUCACUGGCAGUCCUGGGAAGACACCCAGACGCAGCAGCGUCCGACCAUUUUCCAUGGAGCCACCUCCAGUACCGUCAUCUGUGCCAAGCUCUCCUGAGAAAACCCCGCGUCCAAACUUCGGCGCCAGCAAACCUGUUCUCCGUGGCGCCGUCGUGCAUGUCGAUGUCCAUACCACUGAGGGAGAGGAUGCUUCCGGCAUCUUCGUAGAACUCCUGCAGCAAAUGGGGGCUCGUUGUGUCAAAACCUGGACGUGGAACCCGCGAUCCAGUAUGUCACCCGUGGAUGGAGUCGAGCCCAGCGCUAAGGUGGGAAUUACCCACGUUGUCUACAAGGAUGGAGGUCUCCGGACGAUGGAGAAGGUCAAGCAUGCUGCUGGCCUUGUCAAGUGUGUUGGCGUGGGCUGGGUUCUCGACUGUGAGCGAGAGAGCCAGUGGCUGGACGAGACCCCGUAUGCUGUUGACAGCACCAUCAUCCCUCGCGGGGGUGCCAAGCGCCGCAAGAGCAUGCAGCCGCGUGCUCUAAGCAAUGUGAAUGGCACGCUUGUCCGCGUCUCGGAACCCGCAACCCCCUCCGCCAGCGGCCGCCGCUGCGGCGCUGACUGGGGUGCAAUGGAAGGAUUCCGAAAUCUCACGCCUCCGACUCCCCGACAGGGAUCACCAUCAACUCCCGCUCAGGAAUCUUCUGCUGGCGGUGAUGAUGAUGACCACUACCAUAUCCCCGAAACACCGGGGUACAAUUUCGCCAACCUCGACGCCAUCGGCAUGUCGCCUGCAACACCUUUCUUCCUCUCCAACCGGGCCAAAAUCGUUCAGCAGUCCUGCCCACCGAAGCAGAGUAAUAAAGGUCUAUUCGCUGGAUCUAGCAAGCCAUCAUCGAAUAUCUUCCAGAUUGAGGAAGACGAUGAAGAGGCACGACGUCAGAAGCGGUUUCAGAUGGAGGCUGCGCGGCGGAAGAGCCUAGCUUUUAAGCCUCAGGUUGGGAGUCCUCUAGGGAGGUAA